AUCACACAGAAUUUAAAUAACGCCGAUCCCACCCGACCACUACCGAAAUGUAUUUUAGUCAACAUUGUGUAAACUUGGCCGAGUUGCGGCUGGUUUAUGGUUUAUCGUGAACGAGUGUACAUGAUUGCAUUUAGUAAUUCAAGCCAAGAAAUCACACAAAAUGGGCCUCUGUAUCAGUACCGUGAUUACAGCGGAUCAUGCGCCGCAGCGUGAGCCACUAAACCAACCGGAAUCACCAACACAGCCACUGACGGUACAAGAAGUGGUUCGGAAACAACCCAAGCGGACCAAAAAUUUUGAUGCUGAUGAUAACCCACUUCCCACUGCGGGUUGCUGUGUGUGUUGCAUGGAUCCUAACCUAUGUAACCUUUGCUGUGGAUGUGACUGCGGGGACUGUGUUUUGUGCUAUUGGUGCCUUACGUGUGACUGUUGUUUAGAAUGCGAUGACUGUUGUGGACAGUGUCUAUCGAAUUGCAUUUAAAUUAGUGUUGAAUGUCGACUAGUUUUCUACUUGUUGCUCUCUGUACAAAUUUUGCUACUAUUAAUUUUUAUACACACGAAUUAAAUAAAGAUGUAAUCUCGUAA